ACGGCAAAGACCCGUAUGAGUGACGUAACACAGUACGCCGGCUGCUCAUUGGCUGGUAUAUUUCAACCAGUAAAUUUGAAUAGAUUUUUGCCAACUGCUGGAGUAGGUCGGGAAGCGGCAGAAAACCGAAGUAAAAAGUACAUUAUCUUCAACAGCAGGAUCAACAUGGCGCCCAGAAAAAGAACCACUAAUGCCAAGAACAAAAAGAACAGCAAGAUGCCCAAACUGGAAGCUUUUCUGCUCGAUUUUGAUGAUGAAGUAAAUACAAUCAUUAAGAGGUUGCAUGAGAAGACCAACCACCUUCUUAAAGAUGCAGACAACCUGUACAACAUGACUCUGAUCAAGCUUCCAAUGGCAGUGCGGCAUAUGAACUGGAUUCAGUAUUGUGGAUCUGAAAAGCCAGAAACUCCUGUGGAUGAAUCCAAGCAAAAGGAGGAAGCUGCUCAGGUGGAGCUCACCAUCGCUCAAGAUCAUACAAUUCCCCUCAAGUCUUCCAAUGAUUCAAAGUCCAGUGUAAAGCCUGAGGAUGAAGAGAAUUCGGUCCCGAAGUCUACAACCAAAAAGGGAAGACCAAAGAAAGCACCAUCAACUACCAAGAAGGCUAGAGCCCUCUCUGUAAGCAAGCAGAAUGGCACUAUUAGAAAAUCCACCAGGAAGCCCAUGGUUACCCCUGCCAGAAGUUUCCUAGACUCUUCCAUCAUGGGUCCAACUCCACUCGUCACACCCAGAUUUGACUCCAGGUUGCCAAAGACCCCAGCAAUACGAGUUCCUCGUCACAGAGAGAAGGUGUACAGCAUCUCUGUGAAUGGCUCUCCCAUCGCUGGAGGAACUGAAGAUAUUGUCAUCAAUGUUCCUCUGGGCAAUGGAGAGUGCAUUCAGCUGCUGGCCAGCGAGAUGAAUUCUGUUGAUCUGAGUCAGCUGGAUGAGAAAGCAAUUCAAAGUAUCAGGAAGCUGCAGAAUCGACUCACAGCUCUCUGUGGAGCCUCAGAAUAAAGAGCCUGCAAUCCAGCGACAAUUUCAGCGCUUCGUAAACACCAUCCUGUAUUUUAAAUCAUUGUUUUAUAUCAGAACUUUUAGUUCUUAUUGUUGUUGUUUUGCUUUUUAUGUUUUAGCUACAGAUAUUUCAUCAAUUUUCCUGUUCUAUAUUGUCAUGGGCAUUUUCUCAAUGUACUUGUAGUCACAGUGUACUGUUCAGGUGUGCAUUAUUUUGUAAAUAUGCUCAAAAUAGUAACCAGAUGGUUUCCUUUUGUUAUGUAAAUGUGUUUCCUGAUAUUUAUCUGUAAUUCUGCUGCUUUCUUUGAGGAACAGAAGUACUGGAUGUGUCUCCCAGAGCUAAGGACAUGUGUAGAAUAGUGUCACUACAUUUAAAAUCCUUAAGUGAUUUUGUCCAAAUUGACUAAUUGAAUGUUUGACAUUUGUAAUUUGAGCUAGUCUCUUUUGUGGGUAAAACAUCCAGCUACUUGAAAACUGUGUAAUGUAUGUAUAAAAGAAAUUCAACCCCAUAAACAACUUUAAAAAGCAAA